CCGUCUUCGAAUCCAUACAAUUGGACGUGUAGAUGUGGUUUAUUAUCGCAGCUUAUCUGUUUAUUAUGUUGCCACUGAUUUCAAUACUGAAGCACUGUAGUGAGAGAUUUGCUUUAGCGGAGGCACUCUUGAACACUGAAGGCGAAGAUUUAUGGAAAGAGUCUGUACGUGGGUUCAACAUGGCAACACUAUUUCCUCAUGUGAGCCUUUAAAGACACAAGAAGGCUAGAGGUUAUUCACGCCAUUGCCUUUCAUUAUAAAAAAAUCUUCAAAUAAUGAUGCCUUCACCACAUGUGGCUGAGAUAUUGGUCUAAACACGAGUCACUUAGAAUCCAUCAGUGACUCUCAAGGUUAUGGGAAGUCCUCACAGGAUUCAAUUGAGUAGGCACAUUAGAGCUCUGUCCUGUUUCUCAUACCAGGGAGAUAGUUUGUGAUGGGCGAGAGAGAGAGGACAGACUUCUGUCCUUUAAUGAUCUCAUCUGGCUUUUAAGUUGAUUUGUAAACUUUUACUGAUACUAUUGCUGCGCUUGUCCGUACCACCACUCAAAACCAAUGUUUAGAUCUGUUCGCUCU